GGUGAUUUGAAGGCAAUAGAGAAUCGCUCGUUGGUAUCGGGUGAAGUAACAAAAGGACCUCGCACAGCCCUACAACGGCUGCCGAGGCAUAUGCGUCGUCGUGCGAUGUCGUAUAAUAUUAAACGAUUUCCUCGGAAUCAACGCCGAUUCGCUGCAUCAGCUGUAAAGGCAUCGAAACAUCGUAAGAAAGCACCGAGCAGAUUUUGGAGAAGAAGACCUCGAAACUUGCUAUUGAAUUAUAUAAGACGACAACGAAAGCAUAUUUGGUUGGAGACACACGUGUGGCAUGCAAAACGAUUCUAUAUGUGCGAUAAAUGGGGCUAUAGAUUAGCGUUACGCAGCUAUCAACGUGCCUAUCGUGCCACUUAUCGUGAUGCCAUGAGACAUUGCACUAUCAGAGACACAAGUUUCAUCAGAUGUUUUCAAAUAUUUUGUGGCGGUAAUGAAAAUGAUUUGAUCAGUGCAUUACGUCCUUUAUGUGAGCCAUCAGCCAGUGCUACGUUCGCAUUCAAAUCGGCACUAGAGGAUCGAUUUGAAAUAACAACUUUACUCUUCGAACCCGGCAAGUAUCCGUUCGGUUUCAUUGGUCCUGUUCGAUUCUGUUGGACAGGUGAAAGAAGGACGAAUAGCCGAUAA